AUGAAAGAAGAUAUACCGCAGCCAGCAGAGCGACCGCACAGCUCGGUUUCAGAUGGCAUAAUGACCCACGCUGGAAGCACCGAAUCUAUUGUGGACUAUCCAGAUGGCGGAUUGAGAGCUUGGCUAGUCGUGUUUGGCGCCUGGUGUGCCAUGAUACCUUCCAUGGGUCUCUUAAACUCGCUCGCCGUCCUCCAGGCUUGGCUCGGAGAGCACGAGCUGCAAGGAAUGCCAGAGUCUUCCACUGGAUGGAUAUUCAGCGGCUAUGCCUUCUUCCUGUUCUUCUGUGGCGCUCAAAUAGGCCCUGUGUUUGAUGCCCAUGACAUGCGCCUAUUGAUCAUUCCCGGAGCUGUCGGCAUCGUACUUGCUCUCGUUUUCAUGAGCCUUUCAUCCGAGUUCUACCAAUUCUUUCUCUCGUUCAGUGUGCUUGGCGGGAUUUCAUCGUCGUUACUGUACAAUCCAGCUGUAUCGGCGAUCGGCCAUUGGUUUCACAAGAAGAGAGGACUGGCCACUGGCCUGGCUUGCACUGCGGGAGGUGUGGGCGGCGUCUGGAUGCCCCUCGUCAUCCUCUACUUGGCUCCUCGCAUCGGCUUCGGCUGGUCUAUACGAGUGAUAGCUCUCAUGUGCGCCAUUCACGGGGCAGCGGCAUGCUGCCUACUGACUAAACGGCUGAAACCUGAGAAGUCAAGAGGCUCUUCCAUCGACAUCAAAGCCCUCAAGGACAUUGACUACGCUGCGGUGGCCCUUGGACUAGUUCUCGUUGAGUUUGCCGUCUUCAUCCCGAUCACAUACAUCUGCUCCUACGGUAUUCACGCUGGGUUCGGAUACCUCGACGCGUACAUGCUCAACCCCCUCCUCAACGUUGGCGCCGUUCCGGGUAGAUUCUUACCCAAUUACGUCGCUGAUCGAUUCGGUGUCAUGAACACGAUGUGUGCUAUCACAUUCUGCUGCAUGGCGUCGAUAUUUGGCCUCUGGCUUACAGCAAAUGGGAGUCAGGCCAUGACAACAGCAUUCGCCAUCAUCUACGGAUUCUGGUCAGGAGCAUCAAACAUCUACCAGCCUUCCAGAAACGCACGAGUCAUGUUCCUCUCCAACAGAGCACCAGCGAAACCGCUGCCCCGCUUUCAAACCAACACGCCGCUGGACUCGACCUUUGAUAAGGACAUCCGCGACGUGCACCUUAUCUACGACUACGACGCCGAGGAUGAGAAUGGAAAUCCGGAAAAGUGGCGCUAUGAGAUGUGGUUCUUCUCCGAGGACCGCGUAGUCUAUGCCAUCCAUGGCGGACCGAUGGCGGGCCGCAUAAACUACCAGGCCGCCACGUAUCAGUGUAUUCGCCCCGGCGAACUAUGGCAGGUGAACUGGCUCGAAGAGACGGGGACUGUCUGCUCGCUCGUCUACGACAUUCCGAAUCAGAAAAUCUCGACUCUUAUUUCGUUUUCGCGGGGUCAUUGGGAAAAUCCUCAGGCGGCGCACGGUGAUAAGCGCAACCCCGGCGAUUUGGCGCGGUGGAGGGUGCUUGCGAGGUUUGGACAUCAGAGCGACAGGCUCAUGCUGUCCGAGCAAGCGGACAUUGUGGAAAAGUUCAAGGGCAAGGGGAAUCUGGUGCCUAUUUCUGAGGAUGCCAUAACAUUUUGA